UGACCGCGGAUGAGCCAAUCGGCUGUGGAAGGCAGAGUUGUCCCUGUGGCCGCCAUUAAAGAAGGAAUCCAUGAAUUCAAAAUGGAAACCAACAGGAACCGAGGGCUGAAAUUAUGAUCGAAAUAAUCGCUCAAAUAUAGGCGGUGGCAAAUUUCGAGAGGUUUUGACAGGAUGUGUUUGGUUUUAGAUUGGAUUUGGCGAUGGAGGAGUAAGACAGGACGUUUUAUUUUUUUUUGAAGCACAGACCGUUUUAGGGCUAAGGGGGAGGGGGAGAGUUGCUUCUUUUGCUCUCCUUUCUUUUUGUUUUAUGAACAUUUUCGCUGUGUUUCAGAAGGUUUUUACUGCGUGCUUUUGACAUGUCGACGUAAAGAGUUCCACGGUCUGUGUUAUCCGCUUUUAGCUCCGGCGGGGGAACUGCAAUCGGAAGGUUGUUGAAUUAACUAUCCUCCAGCCAAAUGUUACAAAAAAUAUUUCUCGCUGAUUAAGCCUGCACAUCUUUGAAAACACAAAUCCGCAAAUCGUUCUUUUAUUUCCCCUGGAAGUGAAAUGAUGGAGAGUUGGACCUCGCAGUGAAGAAGGAUGAGUUCUUGUUUUGUACCAAACGGGGCCAGCUUGGAGGAUUGCCAUUCCAAUCUAUUCUGUCUGGCUGAUUUGACAGGGAUCAAAUGGAAGAGGUUUGUGUGGCAGGGUCCUACCUCUGCACCCAUCCUCUUCCCGGUGACAGAGGAGGACCCCAUCCUGUGCAGCUUCAGCCGCUGCCUGAAGGCCGACGUGCUAAGCGUUUGGCGGCGCAGCCAGCGGCAGGGCCGGAGGGAGCUUUGGCUCUUCUGGUGGGGCGACGACCCAAACUUUGCUGAUCUCAUCCAUCAUGAGCUUGCAGCCGAGGACGACGGGCUGUGGGAAAACGGCCUCUCGUACGAGUGUCGCACGCUCCUGUUCAAAGCCAUCCACAACCUGCUGGAGCGCUGCCUCAUGAAUCGCAGCUUCGUCCGCAUCGGCAAGUGGUUUGUCAAACCGUAUGAGAAGGAUGAGAAGCCUAUCAACAAGAGCGAGCACCUGUCCUGCGCCUUCACCUUCUUCUUACACGGCGAGAGCAAUGUGUGCACCAGUGUGGAGAUCAACCAGCACCAGCCCGUCUACCACCUGACGGAGGAGCACCUCACCCUGGCCCAGCAGGCGUCCAGCCCCUUCCAAGUGAUCCUGAGCCCCUUUGGCCUCAACGGGACGCUAACGGGCCAGUCCUUCAAGAUGUCAGACCCCCCCACCCAGAAGCUGAUCGAGGAGUGGAACCAGUUCUAUCCCAUCAGCCCCAGCGCCAAGGGGGGAGUGUCGGAGGACAAGGGGGAGGACAUGGACUGGGAGGACGACUCUUUGGCCUCCGUGGAAGUCCUCGUUGGUGGUGUGCGGAUGGUGUACCCAGCCUGCCUGGUGCUUGUACCUCAGUCAGACAUCCCCGCUGUGGCCCCUGUUGGGUCCUCCCACUGCACUGCCGUCUACACGGGUGGCCACCAAGUGCCUGCUUCCCAGCGAGAGCCCGCCAUGUCUUUGGUGACCCUUACCCCUCCCACAUCGCCUGAGGAGACACAGACAGUGGAUUCUCACUCGGCCCAGAAGUGGGUUAGAAUGCCUUCAUCAUCUGAUGCGUUCAGCGUGGACAGAACCAGCCACCACGGAGGCAAGAUCCCACGGCGGCUCGCGAGUCAGGUGGUGGAGCGCGUCUGGCAAGAGUGCAAUAUCAACCGAGCCCAGAACAAGCGGAAGUUUUCAGCCGCAACCAACGGUACCUGUGAAGAGGAGCUGACGGAGAAAGUAGGAGCCUGGGAUUUUGUGGAGCCUUCGCAGAGGUCAUACUGCAGCUGUUCCAGAUACAAAUCAGUGAAGCAGCGAACAGGCAGCACUCCAGGCCAAACCCAGUCAGCAGGCCAGCCCUCGCAGCCUCCUACCAAGCACAAAGCUGGGGGAGACAAACCGGAGAAAGGCGACAAGCAGCAGAAAAGACCCCAAACGCCGUUCCAUCACCGCAGUCUGACCAGCGAUGACGCUUCCAUAGAGACCGAGGCAGCGGCCGGACAGAGGUUAGCCAUACGGGGCCAGGAUGGAGGAAGAUUCACGAGCAUCCGCUCCGGAGACGUGUCCAUCCAAAAAGCCCCCCAGCUUCACAGUGGAGGGGUCAGUGCAGGGCCUUCAGAGCAGGCCAACUCCCCCCAACCCCCACCACUAAGCCCCCACCCCUGUGAGCGGAACGAGGAGUCAGGGGAGGGCAUGAAGAACCCUUCAACCCCCAACAGCCAACACUUUUACCAGCCACCCCCGGAGCCCUGCCUGGUGAAGGGCGGGAAUGAGGAGCCUGGGGGACCGGAUGGUUUGAAUCAGCACUUCCACUCCCAUCACCCCCACUCCAGCAGCACGACCUACCCCGAGCCCCCCGAGCCCACCGUCUAUGUGGGCACAGCGGUGAACCUGGAGGAGGACAGCUCCCACGCUCCAUGGAGGUUCUUCAACCUCCCCCGCAGGAAAGAGGCUGAGCUGCCCACGCCUCUGUUACCAGGAGACAAGCUGAGGGAUGAGGGCGCCGCCUCCCAGGACAACCUGGUGUCAGUCACAGAGCUGAUGGCUACAUCUAAAUGGCAACUGAAGGUGUCAGAAGAGCGCGUUCAGAUGUAUCGAGCCCGGAGAAACCAGUACCUAUCUGCUGCCAUAACCGACGGAGAUCACGAACCAGAGGUGGAUCCUUACGCCUUCGAGGAGGGAGACGUCAAGUUCACGUUCUCCAACAAGAAGGAUAAAGCAGGUGGUGAACGGGAGCCCGGCAAGAAACAUAAGGGUGAAGAUGGAGGAGCAGGCCCAUCGGAUGAUGCUCAGCGAGGGGCCGCUCACAACCGUAUGGCGUCCACCAGCCUCAUCCACGAGACGGACCUGGUGGUGUCCAUCAACGACCUGGACAACCUCUUCAACUCGGACGAGGACGAUCUGGCGCCUGGUUCCAGACGACCAGUGAACGGAACAGAUGAGAAAUUUGGCAACAAGGAACCAAAGCCAUCCACUUUGGACCCUGUGUCCUGCAUUAGCUCUGCGGACCUGCACCAGAUGUUCCCCACGCCCCCCUCCCUGGAGCAGCACAUCAUGGGCUACUCCCCCAUGAACAUGUGCAGUAAGGACUACGGCAGCAUGGAGCCCCCCUCAGGCAUGACCACGCUGGACGGCACCUCGUCCCUGGGGGGCCACUUCAAGAUCGAGGUGGAGGAGAGCUUCUGCAGCCCAAAGCCAUCGGAGAUCAAGGACUACUCGUUCGUCUUUAAACCAGAGCUGUGCCAGGCGUUUGUCGGCUGCUCCAUGUUCGCUCCUCUGAAGACGUUGCCGAGUCAGUGUCUUCCUCCGGUCAAACUCCCAGAGGACUGCGUCUACCGGUCCAGCUGGGCCUUGGGCAGAGAGAUGCCCGUCAUGACCUUCAUCAGCAAGGACAGUAACAUCCCCAGUGUGGGCAGCAUCAUGGACCAGGACUACACCCCUCAGACCCACACCCCCUUCAUGUCCAACAGCGCUCCACCGAGCAACAGUGGUCCUGGAAUCCUGCCUUCACCCGCCACCCCGCGUUUCUCCGCCCCCACCCCGCGUACGCCUCGCACCCCCCGCACCCCCCGCGGCCCCUCCAGCGUCCAGGGCUCGCUCAAGUACGAGAACUCGGACCUGUACUCUCCGGCGUCCACCCCCUCCACCUGCCGACCGCUGAACUCAGUGGAGCCGGCGACGGUCCCCUCCAUCCCCGAAGCCCACAGCCUCUAUGUCACCCUCAUCCUGUCCGAGUCCGUCAUGAACCUCUUCAAGGACUGCAACUUCGACAGCUGCUGCAUCUGCGUGUGUAAUAUGAACAUCAAAGGAGCCGACGUGGGCGUGUACCUGAGCGACCCCGUCAGCGAAGCCCAGGAGGCCUGCAGCUGCGGAUUCAGCGCUGUGGUCAACCGGCGCUAUGGCAACGGCUCGGGCCUCUUCCUGGAAGACGAGCUGGACAUCAUCGGCCGCGGAUCCGAUGUUAGCAGGGAGGCGGAGAAGCGCUUCGAGGAGCUGAGGCUGUCGUCGUUGGAAGGCGGCGGGUUCGGGAGGGGCGACCGCGUCCCGGAUGAGUUGAUUCUCCUCAUGCAGGACCAGUGCACCAACCCCUUUUCACCCAUUUCAAUCCCAGAGCACGACGUGGUCACGCGGGGGCCCAACGGAGCCCCGGUGCCGCCCUGUGUGAGGGUGGAGGAGAGGGACUACCACAGUGACUGCUACAUGGCCCUGGAGCACGGCCGGCAGUUCAUGGACAACAUGUCAGGGGGCAAAGUGGACGAGGCGCUGGUCAAGAGCACCUGCCUUCACCACUGGGCCAAACAAAACGCGGUGGACGUGAGUGCGCUGUGCUCUCAGGACGUCCUGCGGGUGCUCAUGUCACUCCAGCCUGUGCUUCAGGAUGCCAUCCAGAAGAAAAGGACGGUGCGGUCAUGGGGCGUUCAGGGUCCUCUCACCUGGCAGCAGUUUCAUAAGAUGGCUGGACGGGGCUCCUAUGGCACCGACGAGUCCCCAGAGCCCCUGCCCAUCCCCACCUUCCUGGUGGGUUAUGAGUAUGACUUUGUGGUGCUGUCUCCGUUUGGUUUGCCCUACUGGGAGAAGCUGCUGCUGGAUCCCUUCGGGUCCCAGCGCGACAUCGGGUACCUGGUGGUUUGUCCUGACAACGAGGCCCUGCUCAGCGGCGCCAAAAGCUUUUUCAGAGACCUCACCGCUGUCUACGAGUCGUGUCGACUGGGCCAGCACCGACCCAUUUCCAAAGGUUACCCUGAUGGUAUCGUCCUCGUUGGUGGAACUGCAGCCAAGAACCUUGGGGAUCAGCCAGUCAGUGACUGGUUUCUCAAAGCUGCCAGCAGCAACAGUGACGCCUUCACCAAACUCAAACUCUAUGCACAAGUGUGCCGCCAUGACCUCGCUCCAUACCUCUCAUCACAGCCAUUGGAUAGUUCACUUCUCCUCCAGCCCAGCCCCCCUCCCUCAUCCACUCAGUCGUCAUCCACACAACAGUCUAGCUCCGCCUCCUCCGCCUCCGUCGGCCAACAGGGCUCAGCGAACACUGGAGGCUCAUCUGUUUCCAACAGCAGCAGCAGCAACAGCGGCUCUGGAAACGGCUCUGCAUCAUCCAACACCCUGGUGACAUCCUCGGGCCAGUCUGGCAAUGGGAUGCCGUCUGUCAAGCCCGGCUCAUUCCCUCCUUUUGGGAGCAUGAGCAGCCAGGGCCAGAGCGGCGUCCCCCAGAGUGGACAGCUGGGGCCGCAGGCUGGUACCCAGAACACCGGCACCUCAGGGGACAACUCCAGCAGCCAGGCCCAGGGGCCCACGGAGCCGCCGGAGAGCACUUUGGAACGGGAAAAGGUCGGCGUCCCCACAGACGGGGAGUCCCACGCCAUCACGUACCCACCUGCCAUCGUAGUUUACAUCGUGGACCCGUUCAGCUACGAGGAGGCGGACGGCAGCCCCGGGCCGGUGCCCGCCCACUCCAGUGUGUGGACGCUGGGUCUGCUGCGCUGCUACCUUGAAAUGCUUCAAUUCCUUCCCCCGCACAUCCGCAGUUCUAUUUCUGUCCAGAUCGUCCCCUGUCAGUACCUGCUCCAGCCGGUCCGAGGCGAAGACCGACACAUCUACGCCCAACACCUCAAGUCUCUGGCCUUCUCAGUGUUCGCUCAGUGCCGCCGACCACUGCCCUCCUCCACCAACGUCAAGUCUCUGACAGGUUUCGGUCCAGGUCUAGCCAUCGACACGGCGCUGAAGAGCCCAGAGAGGCCGGACUGUCUACGUCUCUACACGCCGCCAUUCAUCCUCGCUCCGGUGAAGGACAAGCAGACGGAGCUCGGGGAGACGUUCGGCGAGGCGUCGCAGAAGUACAACGUCCUGUUCGUGGGAUACUGUCUGUCCCACGACCAGCGCUGGCUCCUGGCGACGUGCACUGACCUGUACGGCGAACUGUUGGAGACGUGCAUCAUCAACAUCGACAUGCCCAACAGGGCGCGGAGGAAAAAGGGCUCGGUUCGACGGCUCGGUCUGCAGAAGCUCUGGGAUUGGUGCCUUGGGCUGGUGCAGAUGACAUCAGUGCCGUGGAGGGUGGUGAUUGGCCGACUGGGCCGGAUCGGACACGGGGAGCUGAAGGAUUGGAGUAUUCUGCUGAGCAGGAGGAACCUCCAGUCUCUGAGCCGCCGCCUGAAGGACAUGUGUCGGAUGUGCGGCAUCUCUGCGUCAGACACUCCCAGCAUCCUCAGCGUGUGUUUGGUUGCCAUGGAACCCCAGGGAUCCUUUAUUAUCAUGCCAGACUCGGUGUCGACGGGGUCCGUGUUCGGUCGCAGCACCACCCUCAACAUGCAGACGUCGCAGCUCAGCACGCCGCAGGACACGUCCUGCACCCACAUCCUGGUCUUCCCCACCUCCGCCUUUGUCCAAGUGGCCAGUUCCAAUUACACCAACAUUGACCCCAACCUGGACAUCCUCAACGCCACCACGGACGGCUCCGACGCUAUCGGGAUCUUCGACCUGCUGGACCAGGAGAAUGAGUUGGUGGACCCCGACAUCAUCAACAUCUCCCCGACCACGUCCCCGGUUCACUCCCCCGGCUCCCAUUACCACCACGGAGGCGACUGCAGCAAGGGUCAGAGUACGGACCGCAUGGAGUCCCACGAAGAGGUUCCCAACCUCCUGCAGCAGCCCCUGGCCCUCGGAUACUUUGUCUCCACAGCCAAAACCGGUCCACUACCCGACUGGUUCUGGUCCGCCUGUCCGCAAGCUCAGAACCAGUGCCCACUCUUCCUCAAGGCCUCUUUGCACCUCCAUGUGUCUUCAGUGCAAUCAGAUGAACUACUGCACAGCAAACACUCCCACCCCCUGGACUCCAAUCAGACCUCAGACGUACUCAGAUUCGUGUUGGAGCAGUACAACGCCCUCUCCUGGCUGACAUGUGACCCAGCAACGCAGGACCGCCGUUCGUGUCUGCCCAUCCACUUCGUGGUGCUCAACCAGAUGUACAACUUCAUCAUGAACAUGUUGUAACCGACGGCCCGGUACCGAACGGACACAGGGGAACCAUUUGACAGCAGAGGCGGCCGCUGCCAGAGGAGGCUUUUUUAUUUUUAUCAAGAACCGGGCGGCGAAGCGGAUCCUGGAUUAGACGCCCGUUAAAGGCUGAGACGGUCCUGACGGUUGACACGACAUAAAGGUCUGCACACAGACAAGGGAAUAAAGAGGAGGAGCAGAGUCUGUGGCCAGUCUGAACCCCAACCAGAACCAGAACCACAAGUCUGUAUCUGUAAAGUUCUACCAAGAAAAGGGACGAAUCUGACCACAGAAAAAACAAAAAAAACUCCAGAAUGGAUCUUUGGUUUUAAGACCUGUAAUUGCUUUUUAUUCCUUUGGAUGAAAUAGUAUCCAAAUGAAAUGCCUGCAUCUAUCUUAUUUAUUGUAAGUUUUUAAAUGUAUAAUUUGUCUUAUUUCUUAACCUCUUUUAUAUAUAAAAAAUGGAGAAGGUUUAUAUCACCUUCCUGCUUUAAAGCAAUUGGUCUAAGAUAUAUGUAAUCGUCUUAAUUAAAAAAACAACCAGGAAAAAAAACUCCCAUAAAAAUCCAACAAAGUCCCAGUAGGUUGCUUUUAGAGUAUUAUUUUUUGUAAUGGAGACAGAAUAUUUGUAAUGUCACAAUGUACAGAAGAGUUAAAGUGGAGAAUUAUGUUCAUGCCUUUGAGCAUGAAGGACUUACAGCAAAGCUGUAGCUACAGAGGACUUGUACAGCAAUGAACUUCACUGUGUUCAAAUAAAGAGGUACAUUGUUGUAUAUAGUAUUUUAUACCACACAUUUAGACACAAAAACCAAACGGCAAUAUAUAUAUAAAUAAUUAUAUAUGAAGGCCAUGCCAGCAGUUGGUGGUGUGGCUUCUGUUUUAGGAAUAAAGUGCGUCAACUUA